AUAGAUUAGGCACCAUUUGCCAUAACUAAAUAGUUACCUUGUACAUCAAGUAGGAAGAAUUUUUUAAAUUGGUAGCCCACCGCGCUCGGCGGAGAGUUACUGUUCGGCUCCGGUGAAACCUUCCUUGUACGUGAAUGCAACAAAGUGUGACGUUUGAACCCCCCGUCUCAUCAAACAGAUGUGGAUACACUGCUCGGGAGCUGCCCAGCUGAGGUGAAGGGGAGGGCAGAGGAUCCCAGUUCAGCCUGAGUGUGGAUGACCUGCCCCCAGAAACAGGACCAUGAUCUGAAAAGGACGCCUCACACCGAACCCCAUUUUUUCCUCUCCUCCUCCUCCCUAUUUUUUUUCUUUCUUUUUUUUUUUUUUUUGUUUGGAUAAAUCUACGAGGUGACAGCCUCUCUGCCUCGCUGCUUCUAUCAGAGUCAGCGUGCACGGAGAGGACAAACUGAAAGACAUUUAAGGAGGAAGAAAUACAGCGACAGCCAUCCGUGACCUCUGACCUCGCCACUCCCCCUUGCCCCUCCCACCGCCACACCGGAAACAUGGGGAGGAAAAAGAUUCAGAUUCAGAGGAUCACUGACGAACGCAACAGACAGGUGACGUUCACCAAGAGGAAGUUCGGUCUGAUGAAGAAGGCCUACGAGCUGAGCGUCCUGUGUGACUGCGAGAUCGCCCUCAUCAUCUUCAACCACUCCAACAAGCUGUUCCAGUAUGCCAGCACCGACAUGGACAAGGUCCUGCUCAAGUACACCGAGUACAACGAGCCGCACGAGAGCCGGACCAACGCCGACAUCAUCGAGGCUCUGAACAAGAAAGAGCACCGGGACUCUGAGAGCCCAGACCCCGAGGAGCCCUUCUCCCUCACCCCCCGCACUGAGGAGAAAUACAAAAAAAUUGACGAGGAGUUUGAUAAAAUGAUGCAGAACUAUAGGCUGUCAUCCACAGUCCCACAGCCCACCUUCUCCAUGCCAGUCACCGUGCCAGUAUCCAAUCAGAAUGCAGCAGCGGCGGCAGCGGCCCUCCAGUUCAGUAACAACCCCAGCGGCGCCCUGGUCACCACCACCUCCUUCGUCACCUCCACCCUCACAGACCCCCGCCUCCUGUCGCCACAGCAACCAGCUCUGCAGAGGAACGCUGUGUCGCCAGGGUUACCACAGCGACCAGCCAGCGCAGGAGCUCUGUUAGGAGGAGAUCUGGGGAAUUCAAAUGGAGCGUGCCCGAGUCCAGUCCCGAACGGCUACAUCAGUGCCAGGGCCUCCCCGGGCCUCCUCUCCGUAUCCAACGGCAACAGCCUGGGGAAAGUAGUCCCGGCUAAGUCUCCGCCUCCGCCCAGCCCUCAGAUGGUCAACAGCCGCAAGCCGGACCUGAGGGUCAUCACCUCGCAGAGCGGCAAGAGCCUCAUGCAGCUGACAGAGGAAGAGCUGGAGUUGGUGAGUGAGAAUGCUCAGCGGCUAGGUGGCUCCCAGGUGGCGCAGUCGCUCACCACGCCAGUGGUCUCCGUGGCAACCCCCAGUCUCCUAGCGCCCUUCUCCGGCAUGCAGACAGCCUACAACACUGAGUACCAGCUGACGAGUGCAGAUCUCACAGCGCUCCAGACGUUCACACCACCAGGGCUGGUGCCUGGCAACAUGGCUGCCUGGCAACAGCAACAGCAACCAGCAGUCUCCCAGCAACAACAGCAGCAGCAGCAGCAGCCCGGCCUGGCGUCGCUCAGUAACUUGGUCAUGUGGGGUGCAGAGAAACAGAGUGCGGAGAUGGUUAACUGCAUCUCCACUUUUGCUGCUAACCUGAGCCUGGCCUCUCAGUCCAACUUGCUCUUUGGCAGGGAGGAGGGCCUCUGCUGGCCAGUGGGUCACAUAUCUCAGAGUGCCGCACUGACAGUCAACACAAACCCAAACGUCAACAUUAAGUCCGAACCUGUCUCACCAAACCGCGACCGCAGCACUCCCAGCUCCAUCAGCGGCGGCGGGGGAGGUGGAGGCGGAGGAGGCCAGGUUCAACUGCAGGGACAAGGUCUGGUGUCGGUCGCCUACCCGGGGACCCUGCGCCUGGAAGUGGGAGGUCAAGGCCGCUCGCCAGUCGACAGCCUCAGCAGCAACGGCAGCUCGUACGAAGGCAGCGACCGGGACGACGGCACCCAGGGACGAGGCGGAGCUCAAGACUUCCUCCACCAGGCAGGCGCCGGGGGCCAACAGCCCACCAUGGUCCUCAUGCGGCCCCCUUCGGCCGAGCCCCAGGAGCAGGACGGGACCAACGUCAAGAGAAUGAGACUGGAUGCCUGGGUCACAUGAAGAGGUGACCGCAGAGGGAUGGAUGGACGGACGGACAGAUGGAGGAUGGAGAUGUGUACUUGUGGCUUGUGUACAUGCCCCCACCAGCCCUUAUGCCCCUGAGCUCCCUCUUCGUGCACACACACACACACACACACACACGCACACAUAUUAUAUAUAUAUAAAUAUAUAUACCCGCCAUCGACCCAGUAACCUACUAUCCACAUAGGAAACGCUGACCUCACACACACAGACACACAGACACAACACAAGCAUGCUAACACACCGUCAUGUCACACGGAUGGACACUGACACACACUUGUAUGACAAUGUGCAUACACAUUUGAACUCUAAUGUACUUUCACACACACGAAACCCCAGAGGGGUUGAGCCACAGAACCAGGGAUUAUUUGUCAAACAAUUUAUUCAGCUGUAUUUGAAUAGAAGUGAAUUGUUGUUAACGAGGCCACAGUGGCUAGUAAAACCCUAAAUUUGGCCACUCGGACUAUUUCACCCAACAGCCGCUGGCAGAGCAGACACACACCUUGGUUUCCCAGCAUGCCCUGCAUUUGGUGAGCGGCUGGUGGUGUUCUCCCUCCCUCAUGUCCUUACCGUCUGUAACUACGCUGCUUUUAGUCAGCGCCACCAAGUGCGUCCACUUGUUUGUACACAUCGGCCCGACCACGGCUGUGUUGCUAUCGCUCUAGAUUCUUGGGCCGUUUUGCUCUUUUUAAAGCGUGGAGUUUUUGUCCUUCUGUCUUGACUGUUGAUCUUUAGAGUUUGGAUUCGUCUCAGUUUUGAAUAUGAAGACACUAAAAGAAAACGUCACCUCCCUCCCCAGCCGAGCCAGCGGCCACGUCCACAGGCCGGCACUUUGGCCCUGCACGAGAGACUGAUGACCCGCGGGUCUUUAUUUAAUCUGAACCAUGCAGACUAGCUGUAAAACCAGUGAUUUGUUGUCGAGGUAAAAGACUGCUUUUCUUUGUAUCAGGGACGAGCUGCAGCAGCUCAACGACACAGAUACUCCUAGUUUCGCCCACAUCUUGUCAACUACAGAUGCUGAAAAGGACGUGUGUGUGUUUGGUGUGUGUGUGUGUGUGUGUGUGUGUGUGUGUGUGUGUGUGUGUGUGUAUGUGUGUGUGUGGUUUGUUACCUCAACUGGUCGUUUUUUAACAGUAAUUUAGGCAAAAUGUUCAUUCUGACUUUCAUCCUUCGAACACACACCUGCAAUGCACACAGCUGAAAUUAUUUUUGUGAAGCGACUCAUGUUUUGAAUAGAUAGCUGAUGUUCAAAGGGGAGAUGGCGAGGUACCGUGUAUAUAAGCAAUCUGUAACCUUUGUGGCUUUUGUGUGACAGGGAUGAAGUGUUAUUGAAGGUUAAAAAAAAAAAAAUCAUAUACAAGUAUAUAUUAAAACGGCUUCAGGCGGCAGGGAUGGCGGCUCUGCAUCUGGAGCAGGAGACUACAACAGACGACAGGGAUUGUAUAUAUAAACUUUAUAUUCGGCAGGAUAUCCCUCAACGAAAGAGAAAAAAAACACGUUGAUUCUCAGCGCAUCAGUCUCUUUUUUAUUAUUAUUUAUGCGUGUAUAUAAAGUGUAACGUGUGGACGAGCCAGCAGAGGGAGCUGUAGAGGCAGAAAGGGAAGACGUAGCCGCGGUGACUCAGACUGUUUUAAGUGAGUAAUGGUUAGGACUCUGUCACUGAUGGAGCGCACUUUACCUGAACCCCCACCCCUGACCCUUAACACACCUGACCCCUGGACACACACACACACACACACACACACACACACACACACACACACACACAC